AUUUGGUCUUCGCAGAGCAGUCGUGAUAUGUUGUGCGGGUUCGCGCCGGCACUUCUUCAUCGCCAGAGGCUGGAAACGACCCGCCAUCCAUGCGUAUGCCAGAGAACCUGAGAGGCCGGGGCGCAGGGUGUGCUUUCCGGAAAGGAGUAUCCUAUGAGGACAUGCAGGUCGACAUGAAGCACCAUGAGAAUGACGAGGCUGGCAUGUCUGAAUACAUGACCUUGUGGUACAGCAUUUCACACAGGAUCGAUGAUUUCCGGCCUGGACAGGAGCCGCUCCCGGGAACAUAUACCUGCCGCCUGUGGGUGCGAUUUUGCAACAGUGCAUCAUGCCCAUGAGCAUGCCUCCUCCUGUGCCAAAGACUUCGCCACUAGGCGGGCAGAGGAGCUCCGAGAUGAGCUUUGUGCUCUAGAUCGAC